CUGAAGUGUACGGUAAAGAGAAGAGGAGGAGGCGUGCGCUAUUCAUACCAUCCAUCACUACAUUACGCACCGGCAAACUAGAGUGGAACAGGUGACAAGAACACUAGUAACACAGAAGACAUGGCAUCAGACACCAAGGCCACAGACCCACUGGAGGUACUGAGACAGCAAUGUCUGGCCAGGGGAGCGGCUGGCAUCAAGGGACUGGCAAGGACGUUCCGCAUCAUGGACGACGAUGGCAGUAAGUCUCUGGACAUGCAGGAGUUUAUUAAGGGACUGGAGGACUAUGGUGUGGUGGUGAGCAGAGAGGAAGCCCGGCAGAUCUUCACCCUGUGUGACAAGGACGGCAGUGGCACCAUCAACUUCAACGAGUUUCUGGAGAAUCUGAGGCCUCCUAUGUCCAGUGCCAGGAUCUCUGUGAUCGGUCAGGCCUUUAAGAAGUUAGACCGGACAGGGGACGGGGUGGUGACUGUGGAGGACCUGAGGGGGGUCUACAACUGCUCACAGCACCCCAAAUAUAAGAGUGGGGAGUGGACAGAGGAACAGGUCUUCCUAACCUUCCUCAGCAGCUUUGAUUCCCCCAACGACAAAGACGGCAAGGUAACUCAGGAGGAGUUUAUCAACUACUACAGUGGAGUGAGUGCCUCUAUCGACAGCGACGGAUACUUUGUUACUAUGAUGCAGAAUGCCUGGAAGCUGUAGGCACCACUGGCUAGCUACAUUUAUGUCUAUUCUACUAAUAUAUUUGGCUAAUCAUUAAAAGGCUGCUUUGCUUUCAUUUAGAACUUCUGUAUGUGGACAUGUGAGAAAAUAGACAAAUGUUAGUUUAUAGUUUUUCAAUGGAACAGACUAGCUUUAAAUGCACAGAUACAACCUAUUUCUACUGAAUGAUUUUUAUAUAUUACAAAAUAUUAAUCACGUUCCUUUGUGCCAUAUUGCUUUGUCUUGUUAAGAUCUCUCUUAUGGUUAAAGCUACAUCAUAAUUAUGCAAAUGUUUGCCAAAUAGACUAUCUUUCUCGUAGCACAAUGAGUGUUCCUUUAAAUGCUUUAUCUACCUGUACACAAGCUCACUGAUCGGGACCACCGUGUGCUGAAUGCAGUGAGUAGCGAGGUCCAUACAGAAAUGUUUUCUCGAGAUCGGUUUGGAAGAAUCUGACUGGCCUUCAGCUAUUUGUUAGUCAGCUUGUCUAUAAUUAGAUAUAAUGAGAAAUGAGAAUCUGUUUCCCGGGAAGACUAAAUAAACUCUUGCUCACCAGAAUAAUGUAAUAAAUCGAUAUAGUGGAUGCUUCAACGUAGUUGACAUCGGUAACACAAUGAGUGUUUAUUUAAAUGCUUUAUCUACCUGCACAAGUACAGUAUAUGUGGAUCCAAGUUCUGUGCUAGGCUAAUAACCAUAGCUACUAUGCAUAGCAAAAGCAAUGUACUGAGAAUCCCCAGACUCUCUAACCCAGACUCUAUUGUAAUCGAGUGCAUGCAACUCAGAGGUCCUAUACCGCCUAAGCGUGAAAUUGAAUUAUGAGUGCAUAUGCACUGUUAUAAUUUGUUAUUAUGGUUUCAAAGCCCAAGGUCGUCAUUGCUAGUCUUCUGCGCUUUAAUUAACUGUGGACAAUUAGGCGAUAUGUCAAGUCUGCAAUUCAGGGAGCUGUCAAGGGUACUGAAAUGUAAUUGAUAAUCAGCCCAGCGUUCCCCUUAUAGGACACUGUAGUGCCGGCAGAGGGAGCAACAGGGCAACGUUUGUUAUUUGAUUCCUAUAGGCCUACAGGUAUAAUAGCACGCAUGCCAACAUUUACCUGUAAAUAGUUCUGAGAAAGUAGAUUUCUUAUCUCCCGGUGCGUGAAAAUAUUGAUUCAGGAUUAAACAUAUUUUUGCAAACACAUUUUUGCAUUCUGUUUUCUAUUUUUGCAGGUCUUUGUAAAAUGUCGUGCAGUGAAAUUAAA